GCCGCGGAGACACGUGAAGGUCGGUGAGUUGGUGCAGAGUUUGUCUCUGCACGCGUGGCCGCGCUGGGAUGGAGUCCUCCUCGUCUUCCUCCACAGCGGGUUUGGGCUCGGUCGACCCGCAGCUGCAGCAUUUCAUCGAGGUAGAGACUCAGAAGCAGCGCUUCCAGCAGCUGGUGCACCAGAUGACGGAACUUUGUUGGGAAAAGUGCAUGGACAAGCCUGGGCCAAAGUUGGACAGUCGGGCUGAGGCCUGUUUUGUGAACUGCGUUGAGCGCUUCAUUGAUACAAGCCAAUUCAUCUUGAAUCGACUGGAACAGACCCAGAAAUCCAAGCCAGUCUUCUCAGAAAGCCUUUCUGACUGACCUGAGUAUUACCUCUUUGGAAAAGGAAGGUAGUUCAAGAAGUGAAGAGCAGUUGAUGGGAUGGUUGAAGAAAAGGCUGUGGGGAGAUUGGCUCCCACCUUUGUCACUCUUGGGACAUCCUGUCAACUGAGAAUGAACAAAGACCAAUUUUUGUGUGUGGGGGUGGUUUGAGGGUCAAAUGUGUUUGGGGUUGUGUUUUUUAAUGCUAAUCUUGGGAGAACAAUUGACAGAUGAAUGGAAAACUCUACUAGAUGUAUAUUAAUGUAUGUGGGACGAUGCUUUCCUCAUAGUCCCAUUAACUGCUUCCUAUAAUUUUAAUAGUGGAACUGCUCUAUAAUUUGAUAGUGGGGCCACAUAGGUAAUAAUCUGUUAUUUGUGUGGAUUCCUUUCAGAUUUCUGGAGAGAUCGAUAUACAUCUUUGUGUCUCUCAGAAAGGGCAGCAGUGGGGGAAAGAGUAAUUUGGUACUUGACUGUAGGCCUCCUUAUCUAGUGUUUGAUUAUCAGUGCUGGGAAAAAAAUGUAUGGAGUAUUCAUACAGUACAUUUCACCUUUCUAGGUUAUCUCCCUCCCUUAUACUGUGAUUCACUUAAAUAUCUAUACGUAAAGUACAGUCUUGAGCUAGUACAGGUAGCCUGAGAGUCUAGAGGCCUAUAGUUAAAGGAAUCUAGCCAGUGAACAUAAUUCUCGUACUAAACUGCCACAAGGAAGAAGUUAACUUACCCUGUAUGUCAGGGUCCAAAAAAAUUUAAAGGUGUGCCUAAAUGAAAAAAUAAGUUAUAAAGAUUUAGGCCAGUCAAAAACUAACAGCAGUUUCAGGUAGAGGUGCAUGCCUAAUGUAAAUCAGCAUAGUUUCCAUUUAUUGCAUUCUUUUAAUCACUGAAAUAAAAGCUUCUACAAGA